AUGACACGAGGAUGUAUGCUACUAUUACUCCUGGUAGCUUGUACAGUAAUAGGUGCCCCUGUGGUGGUGAAUGACGAGCCUGGUGUGCUUUAUCUCCCUAACAAUGCCAUUGUAUUGGAUGACGGGUACCAAUUAUCCAUCCAAGGGGUGAUCGGCUCCAUUGUCUUGAUCGGCACAGCACUUUUAUUGUGGCUACGUGGCGCAUUUUACUACUUUCAGACACCUGCAACAUCGGGACUUGUAGGCUUUAUUACAUUGGGACUCAUUACAUGGGUGCUAUUGGCCAAUUUGGAACCAGCUGGUACCUAUGGCACCAAUCGAUGGACUCUUUAUCUCGUAGCACCCAUUGGAUGUGGCCUUGCUGGUGCAUUGAUCCUUGCAUGUUGUGCAUGGACACCGAUUCCAUUGAUGGUCUUGGGAGGUUUAGGAGGGCUUGCAGCAGGAUUAUGGGUACUAGGAUGGCGUACAGGAACAAGUAUCCAAUCCAAUUGGGGUCGUGCUGUAUUGCUUGUAGUACUUGUCAUUCUUGGCUGUCUCAUUGCAGCACUCGACUAUCUCUUUCAUAUGCUGGGCACAUCCAUGAUAGGGGCUUACAUGUUGAUGCUUGGCUUGGAUGUGUAUUUUCAUACAGGCUUCACCUAUUGCUUCACUGCAACAUUGGAUCAGAAUCCUGCUCAUGGGAAUACGUAUACCGUUACAAGAGAAACCAACAUCAUACAAGGUGUCCUUGUUGUUGCUGUGCUUGUUGGCUUGGUCAUCCAGCUAUGCAUGGCUCAGUCAAUCCAAUCACAACACACGCGAGCAUUUAGUGGUCUCUAUCAAUACCCCGUCAUCCGACAUGUCAUGCCCCAAGCAACUUUAGUACAAGGACGGUGGUUUACUCCUUGGCAAAGCAAAGUUUAA